AUGUUGUGUUACAUGGCACUUGCGUUGCCUGUAACACGAGAUAUGCAAGUUAGUGACGUCAGAGUGCAAAGUGAAGUUACGACUGAAAUUGAACCAGUUUGGAGUUUGGAUUUGCAAGAUGUUUUAGUACGGGCCCGACGGGAAACAGUGCGUGGUAAAGGAUGUCCCAGGGGGAAAGUUUUUUUCAAAAGGAGAUGCAUCUCUUACAAAAAGUACAGACAAUUAGCAGAAGGAGAUUAUGAAGAGAAAUAA